AUGGAAAAACACUGGGUGUUUUGGGCUUGUGCAGAGAAAUGGCUACUAACUUUGGGAUCCUGGUCAUGGGGACUGUGUAGGAUAUGUCUUCUGCCAUUAAUAUUAACUUUUAAUAUGUAUGGUGGUAUUAUUUUGCUGCUCUUAAUAUUUGUCUCCAUAGCUGGAAUACUGUUUAAAUUUCAGGAUGUUUUGCUGUACUUUCCUGAUCAGCCUUCCUCAUCACGACUUUAUGUCCCAAUGCCCACAGGAAUGCCACAUGAAAAUAUAUUCAUUAAAACAAAAGACGGCAUACAUCUCAAUCUUAUCCUUCUGAGAUACACGGGUGAUAACUCAAGCUUUUCUCCAACUAUAAUUUAUUUUCAUGGUAAUGCAGGAAAUAUUGGUCAUAGGUUACCCAAUGCAUUGCUAAUGCUGGUCAAUCUUAAGGUGAACUUGCUUUUAGUUGACUACAGAGGGUAUGGAAAAAGCGAAGGAGAGCCAAGUGAAGAUGGCCUUUACCUCGACUCUGAAGCUGUGCUUGACUAUGUCAUGACAAGACCUGACAUAGAUAAAACCAAGAUUGUAUUGUUUGGACGGUCACUAGGGGGAGCAGUUGCUAUUCAUUUGGCCUCAGAAAACGCACACAGGAUUUCAGCAAUCAUGUUAGAAAAUACUUUUCUUAGCAUUCCUCAUAUGGCCAGCACCCUGUUUUUUCUUUUCUUCCCAUGCGCUAUCUUCCGUUAUGGUGCUACAAGAAUAAGUUCUUGUCUUACAGGAAAAUCUCUCAGUGCCGAAUGCCUUCAUUGUUUAUCUCUGGUUUAUCAGACCAGUUAAUUCCUCCUUUCAUGAUGAAACAGCUCUAUGAACUCUCCCCAUCGCGGACUAAAAGAUUGGCCAUCUUUCCUGACGGAACUCAUAACGAUACCUGGCAGUGCCAAGGGUACUUUGCUGCACUUGAACAGUUUAUAAAAGAACUGACUAGUAAUCACUGUCCAGAAGAAAAUACAAAGACAUCAAAUGUGACAAUAAUAUGA